GGGCCGGAGGCAAACUGACACUUGCGGAGCGGCGAGAGAGACAGCGAGCGAGAAACGGUGAGUGGAAACGCCAAACUUUACUUCACGCCAAACGCGGUCAAGUAAGUCGUUUACAUGAGAGCGCUUUGCGUCGACACAUGCGGGAUAUGAAGCAGACGCGGCAGAGUGCAUAGAGUGUUUUAUAGAGGGUAGACAAAUGAGAAGAAUUGUCCGCAAGUACAAAACGGAGUGUGUGAGCACUCCCAUUUUAGUCAAGGCCAGGCGGAAGGGCAGGUAACGUUAGCAAUCUGCUGUCUUUCUCCGGCUAAAUUCACCGUGAAUGCAUUUGAAUAUACAUCCUACCGCAUCUGGUUCACGCUUUAGCCGUGUAAGGCGUUUGAUUGCAUUGCGUUUCUAACCGCAUAGCUGUGUUUUGAUUGUACGCCGAGGAAAGGAAUGUGUCGGCUAGCUAGCUGGCGUGCUAACGAGCCGCAGCUAGCAGUUGUGAAGCGUCGGCGGCCCUGAUGUUGUGUUCCCCUCUAUAAGCGAACCGACGCGGCUGGAAGUUCGACACCCAUUCAUUGCGUAUGGCAAGCGACCGUUUCGCGCUGACAUUCGAAGCGACGCGUACAAGCUUAGCGGCGCCACUUUUUAACAGCUUUAUUCCUUUACGGCCUGUAUCUAUGAACGUUAAACAACGAGGGUGUAUUGUUAGGAGAAGAAGACCUUUUGUGAAGGUGUGCGGCUAUAAAAUAUUCAGUAAUUUAAGAGAAGAAGUGACUAACGAAGCUGGGCGGACGCGGUUCGAGGCGAAUUUGUCUCGUGCAGUCGGUCCGUACCGUGACGCAGGCAGUUAAAGCUAGCUAGUUAGCGGCAUUUUGCUAACAAGCUUGAUAACGGGACUUAGCGUUGUUGCUCGUGUGAAGCUAGAUUGUUUACGGACAGACGCGGGUUUCAGUUGGCUGGAUUAAAGAUUAUGGCAUCUGAAGGGAUUUAUCUGUAAGCGGGUUUAUGAUUUGAACGGAAUUUGAUUAAUGUUGCGGGAGCUAACGUUUUUCCUAAUCAUACACGGACGGAGCGGCGGUUCAGGCUCUGCGGUGCAGUCACAGCCACAGAUUGCAGGGACUUAGUAUGACCUGGAGUGAUAAGCAUAUGCUACUGCCCUAAGCAAAUUAGGUAGAUCCACAAUGAGAUAACAAGGGAGCUGGAAUGACUUUCUCUCGCCUGGGUCCUAGUCUUUUUCUGCCAGCUGGGUUGUAAAGCUAUUUCUGCUGCAGGGGAGAUAGUUGUGAAACAGGAAAGGUGUGUGCUCCAUCCUCAUACUAUACGUAAAACAGACAUUUCUGUUUUAUUAUAACUCAUUCCAGUGCACCAAGAGGAGACGCUACAUCUAAUAAUAAAGUACACCUGUCUGAUUAUGUACAAAAAAAAUGGAAAUGAGUAGAGAUUGUGGUAAAUCUUAUACCCAGGUGUCUAUAAUGUUAUAACUAGUUUGUGUAUAAAGCUUACUAUGUGCCCUAGAUCUUCUCAUAUCCCACAUUUCUCAAAAAACCCACAUCUCGACCUCCUUUCACCCUCUUUAAAGCAACCCGUCAGUCCGAAGUCUUGAACAGGAACAGAGACUGGAGGAAACUAUUUUAGUAAGGUAGCUACUCCUUUUCCAUCCUAUCAGCAUGAGGCCGUCUUUGCUUUGGAAAGAGGAUGUGGUUACAGCAGGUCAAGGCCCCAGCACAGAUGCAUUGAGCUGAUGGUGUUUGUCAGUUACAGAUCUUUGUCAUAAUUAAGUCACAGCAAAGCUGAGUGAGACGGGCUGAACUUUUGUUCUGACUCACAGGGGCAUUCAGGGUCGUAGUCAAGGGAUGUAAAACUAUGCAUCUUGAUAAGGAGAGCUCUUGAUCUUUGUAAGUCAUUUUUCCCGCUUUAGAUUCAAAAGAGGAGAUUAUUCAGUAAAAUCAGUUUGUCUUGAGAAAGACAGAAAAAACCCUCAGACUUUUAAUGUCUUUCCCUUAUUCUUAUUGCUCGCAAACUAUCACGUGAAAAUCAGCUCUUUAAAACAACAUAGUAGAAGCUUCUAUUGUUAAAAAGCACUGGUGGUUAACACUGUAUUUCACAGGCUUGUAAAGCUUGAUUUCCUGUGAAGUUUCCCUUUUAAGUACUUUAUAUGUCAGCACUAAUUACAAGUUGAUGUAGAGACAGGGUUGAAUUGGUGUACGUCCAAUUACUUCUAAUGAACUCAACUGCUUGCUUGUCUUGGUUAGGACACAGUGUGUCAGCUGAACAUGCAUAAAUGUAAAAUAUGGCCGUGGGCGAUCAUUCAUUUAUACAUAAAUGAAGAGGAACAGGGUUGGGGUGAAGAUAAAACAUGUAUAGUAGUAAAAGGAGAAGAGUUAUGAAAAUGUAGAUGGCAGUCUUGGUUGAUAUGGAAAUCUUCAUGUGCAACACACUAAAAAUGCCCAGUUAUCAUCUUUGUAUGGACAGAAAUUAAAUGGCCUCUCUGCUUGUGACCCUGAUCUUGUUUCAUUGUCAAAAUUGGAGACAAAACUUUGUCAAUCUUUUUGCUUUCCUUGGAUUAAAUUAUGUCCUAGAUUUACUGUGUUCUCAUGCUUUAUUUUCCAAAUUUUAAACAAAAUAUAACCUGUAUACAGUAUCAAUAAAUGAAAAGAAUAGGGCCCGAUCGAUAUGGAUUUUUGGGGGCAGAUGCCGAUACCGAUUGUUAGGGGGGAAAAAAAUCCAAUUACCAAUUAAUCAGCUGAUUUUUUUUUAUUUUUAUGAAGUUAUAAAAAAAAUAUAUAUACUGUAGAUAUCUACAGUAUUAAGUUAAAUUAUAUCCUAGAUGUACUGUCUUCCCAUGCUUUAUUUUCCAAUAUUUUAACAAAAAUAUAACCUGUAUACAGUAUCAAUAAAUGAAAAAGACCCAAAACAUGGCCCUCUUUGGUGGUGGUAUUAAACUCAACAAUUAACAGAGAAAUUGAAACAUUUCUGUGUGUGUUUAGACCAGACUGUUUGCUAUUCCUAGAGGCAACACAACUAACUAAAUAGUCUGUGAAGUUUCCCUUCAAUGUUUGGCUCCAAACAGUAUUUUUCCCAGACAAUUUUAAGACACCAGUAAGAAACAUGUACUGUUAAAAAAAGUGUCACUACUUCUUGUCUUUUAGCCUGAAGCUGUGUCCUUGUCAGGUUUUCUGCUUUCAGUAGUUUCUGGGUUUUUUCCCCCUGAAAGUUCGUGGUUUUCUUGCUUUGAUCAGUGCGAAGAAGUGAUGUGAGCUUGUGGUUGUAGUGGAGGAGGUAAUGAGUAACUCAGAGCUUAUCAACGUUUCGAAAACACUCCACCAGAACAACUAUUAUCUCACGCUGCUGUUUUUUUCUACCCAUAAACCUCAAAUGGAUGUUUCUUCUUGGCACUGCAGCUCUAGUAAAUGUCAUGUAGGUCAGCAAGAAUGCACACGAGAAGAUGAUGGAUAGUGACUCUGUAACGUGCUACCAGCUUCACCAGCGGAUGUGUGCAAAUUUUCAACAUCCGCACCAUUUGGGAGAUACAGGGGACAGCUGUCAGUCAAACCGUCCUGCUGAGUCAGGCGUUCUGACAGCUUCCUCGCUGUCAGAUUAGCCCGACUACUCCAGGAAGUAGUGGAUCCUGCGUGUUGUAGUUUAGCUGCUCUUUCAUUUCGGUGUCUCCAGUGCGGGACAUACUAUCCAGGCACUUAAAAGCAAAUCCCUGCAAGCGGCAACCACCUUGUCCAACUUCCAGCCCUAGAUGGAUACAUACCUUUGGCUGUAGAGGGUGAGUGAUGCAGUGAUGUCAUGGUGGCGCGUGUUUUCUGCGGCAUGUGGCUUUCUCUCACUCCUUAUUUGCUGGGGUUACUACGAGAGCAGAGGAACAGCAGUGGAGUGUUUGUUUUCUUGGGAAUGACAGUGUGUUGUUGAGGGAAGUGGAAACAGACUGAGAGGUUUGGUUUUAAACAGAUAUAUCCUUAAAUGGCCUUGCGUGUGUGUGUGUAUUUGUGUGUGUGUGUGUAGACAGCCAGGAGCAGCAUUGUGUGUAAUUUUUCAAUGUUUUGUAGAUAAAAUGUCAGCGCAUUAGUCCCCGAUUUUGCUCACUGUUUGAUAAAAAGGUUACACUAUUGUCCCUGAGAGCUCAACAAGAAAGGGUUCAAAGCUGACAGAUGUCGUUCACGGAUGUGAAUAUUGAGCAGAAUUAGUUUGAGCUUUUGUAAGUAAGGUCACUUGAGUUGAAGAGGACUCUGUUUGUGUUCUGGGAGGCAUCAAGCUCAGCCACCUCUUCUGCGAACAAUGAAUUUACAAGAAGUAGCUGGGCAACAUUUCUAACCCCAACACUAAAGCUCUCAUCUCCCAAUCCCUGCAGAUUUUAUGUGUUUUAAUGAUCAGUGCCAAGUUUAACUCCCAACGUUGGUUGACAUGGCACACUUGUAAGAACUAUGUACACACUUUCUUAUGGCAAAAUGAACUUUUUUUGAUAUUGUCUCUCGAGACGACUGAACUUUAGCCAUUUGACUUUGCAGCAAAAUGACAUGAAUUAAAAUAGACAGUGUUAAGAAUAUAUAGUCAGAGCUGACAAAUAGAACACAGAAGUCGAAAGCAGGUGAAAGAAGGUCACAAAGAGAACAACAACUUCCUUCCAGCGCCUGCAAGAUUUCACAAUAUAUUGACUCUAACCCACUAACUUCUGAAGUUUGUUUUUUUUAUAUUGUGGGUUCAAGGUGUGAUAUUUCCGCCUCUUUGACCUUUAGUACCCUCAACACAAGUGUCACAGGAGUAUGAUGGAGAGACCAAGUCGUCCCAUGCAGGUUAUAAUACAGGUGUUGCAGGUGUGAGGGGAUGAAGUUGCUGUAUGUGUGUGCCUGUCACACUGCAGCUCAGUAACAUUGUGGAAGUGAGUUGAAUCAUGAUCACUACGCCACUGUACUUACAUGACUCUCCAAAUUGAAGAGAGGUACAGGCGAGGCACGCACAUACACAAAGUUCUGCUCCGACCUGUCUGCUCCAACGCCACACACCACCACCUUCUUCCCCCUGAUUCCACCUUUAAGAGAGAAUCAGAGGCUGAAUCACUCUGCCCCUCUAUUACGCCUCUCUGCAUUACACUUUUCUGGCGAGGUGUACCGGGGUGUGUAAAUAUAUUCCACCUUGAAAUGGAGGUAUAUAAGCGCCUUGUGUGUGUGUGUGUGUGUGUGUGUGUGUGUGUGUGUGUGUGUGUGUGUGUGUGUGUGUGUGUGUGUGUGUGACACUCCUGUUUCGUAUUUUCUGUGCUUUUGUGAUAUUGCAUUGCAAUAUGAAAUCACACACCAUAGCAGUGUGAUAUCACGCUCUUGCAGUAUGAAAGCACAAAGUCGUGAUGCCAUCAAGUCCUCAUAAGAGCAGUGCUGCAGACUGGAAUAACCCAAAAGGGCUAAAUGUAUUCAAUGUAUUAUGUUGACUGUCUUACUGCCACGUCAUUGACAACAUGCAUCUUAGUCUGUAUUUGUUGAGCAGAGUUGAACUUCAUCGCAAGUUUGACAACAAAUGGUCUGCCAAUUUUCUUUCUACUGUUUCACACACACAGGAGGUGACCCAAUUAUGAAGGAGAUAACAGAAACACUGCUGACUGAAGAAACUCAGUCAUUGUUGUCGAGUCCUAACACUGUUGAUUUAUGGAAAUUGGUGCUGUGUGUUUAUUUGUUCAUGUUCAUUUGCCAAGUGAGUAUUUCCCUGGCAUUAGUGUGAAUCUGGAGAGGGAAGCCCAUCAGUUCAUGCGAUAAAUGUUUCUGCUACCCGGGCGGCUGUCGCCCAUAUUUCUGUUUCAUGCCUCCUGGUAGCUGAUUGCUAGACUUAUGGAAACAUUAGUAGUGUCAAAGCAAAGCCCAGUCCAAGGGAUAAACAAAGGCUGUGUUUACCAAACCAUAAAAGAAGGCCGUACAGUUGACUUGCAUAUCACCCGGUACAUUUGUCACUACCCACCCACAAGAGGACGACUCACUUUUUUCUUAGGCAUCUUAAACAAACAUAAGCUUACAGUACCAAACUACCCCAGAAUUUCCACCGCAUUCAGAAUGACUCCGAUCUAGAACGGUGGCGAUUUCUGCCAAUUCCUACCAGAUCCAUUUGUGAGGCGAAUUUCGUGGCGGAUUACAGUCUGGAAAAAUAGAACUCUUGCGAUCAGCUGUGGAGUCCGGGGAUCCGCAGCGGAACGUAAAGAAGCCGGUGGAAAUUGACACAUUAACUUGAAAGGUUACGAUUAGCUACAAUCGGUGGAUAUGACCUUUUCACAGCCGUUCUGGAUGCGGUGGAAAUUGGUGGUUAUUUUCUGUAAAAUAAAAAACGACCUCGCUAGGAAGGCUUAAACAUAAAUUGGAAACUGAGCCUCUUACGUAAAAAGUUCGAUGCGACCUUUAAGAUAUUUAAGGGAGGAACCUGAAGAAAUUUGACUGUACAGUUUGAGGAUGAGCAGACAUCCUCCAUGACAGCCCCUGGAGCUAUCACAUGAUAAAAAUCGAACAGCUGAUGUUGCCGAGUAUUUCCGACAUGAACUGUCUUAGCAGGGGUCAGCCCACCGAGUUCAUACAAGAUGUGUGGAUAGCUGACAAGUGAGGCCUCGCCUAAAUCAAAGUAUGACAUUGUCUGUAUGACAUCCUACAUGUGACACUGUGCAUGCACUUGACUGUUCGCUCAAGUGUUUACGUGAGAGCUGCUGCAGGGACUGUUUGCAAACCCCUGUGCUGCUCUGUUCUUUUCUCUCCCCUCCCAUCGGACUCCUCCUUAAUCUUGCUCGGGGAACUUGUGUGUAGAGGAUUAGUGAGUAUGAAUUAUUCACACUCUGAGCUUCAUGUCCCACAUGGUCACUGCUUGUUUUUGAAGUUGGAGGUCCUCAGUCCAGCCCACCCCCCCAGAGUAUUCUGACAGCUUACAUGCUGUAAAAAGAACAGUGUAGGAAGGGAGCGUUUGGCUUCUUAAAUGGCAGCCAAUUGACUUUUGAUGGUCUGCUAAAAGGAUUGAUUACCAAGCAAAGCUAUAGCGUCCUCUCUUAAGACUUUAUUUUAACAUAAGCCACUUUUUCACUCAGACUUGCAGCCAAACGGUGCUCUCUGUACGCCAUGACUUCAAAGUUGAAUCCUGGUUUCCAGAUCAUUGAGGUCCCUUUGACUCGACUCAUUGUGUGUUGUCACAUUCCUCGCUCGUUACUGUGCAAUUACACCAUUUCUCGCUUCCUGGCUGGUGACAGAUCAGUCGUGAACUACAAGUUUUGUUCUCUUAUGCUGGAGAGUAAUAAUAGAAAUCCCCUGUAUUUAUUCGCCAGUGCAAGUACAAAUGACGGUUUUGCCUUAUCUUGAAGAGGACGAGGUAAUAUCGAAAACAAUAUCCUAAAAGUUCUGGGGCUGAGUGCAACAAAUGAAGCUGUUAGCUCUGAGCUUCACUGCCAUCUGUUCCUGUGAAAGUGGGGGGACUUCCCUCCACAAAUCAAUGAUUAUUCUGUUUAAUCAAAACAGUUUUGGUCACAGACCUCCCCAAUUUCUCUGUUGGAAGCCUGCUUUAGUCCAUGUUGGUGUUUUUCUUGCAAUGAGAACAUCUUUGUAAUCUGCCCGACACUCUGAUAUUUUUGUAUUUUUUACUCGCUUUCGGGAUGUGUUAAUCUACAACAUCUGCAGAUAUUUUGAUUGGAGAAGAAAGUAGAUGUGUGCGAAUUUUAAAAUGUAUUUAGGGGCACGUGCGCCAAAAAAAAAAUCAGGCGAGGCAACAAAUGUGGUUUCAUGUAACUAAAUACCGCGGUGAAGUUAGUUUUAGGUUGGAUUUUUGACAGACAUUCACUGCAGAUCUACCGGUGACUUCUCACUCUCCACUACCGGGAAUAGGAACAGCAACGUGGUUAAACCUAGUCCUCGCUGUCAACGUUAGGUGUUGAAUAAGGGACCAUCAAUAAAUUACCAGUUGAUGCCCUCAAAAAAGGCUGUUUCCCUUCAACAGCUUCCAUGUCACCAGUUGACUUAAAAUUGAUUUCAAACAAUAGUCCUAAGGUCGGACAAUGAGACACACCUCUUUAUUUCCCUAAUUUGUUCUCUAAAAAGUUGUGUUGAAUUUAAAGACAAAAUUUGAACCUGUCAUUCACAUCUUCCAUGUCAUGUGACCAACCGACCUAAAAUUGAUUCCAUAGUACUUAUGUCGACCAAUAAGACACAAAUUAUUUGAUCAAUUUUCAAAUUUCUUUGUGUGCUCCUCACUUUUUUAAUUUCUGAGCACAUAUGCUCCUUGUGAAAAAAGUUGGCGUCAAGCCCUGCCUCUGGAGUCCUUCAGUUGGAGUGACGUGGGUGAUCUGGUUGUCCCUGGCAUCGCUUUGGUUGUUCAGAAGGAAUAAUCGUCGUUAAGGGGCUUUGACAAAUCAGAAUCAAGACUUUCACACAGCUGAGGGAUUAGUAAGUAAGCUGGGUAAUAAACUAGAGGAGUGUGGACAGUGAACAAUAGGGAUAAAAGUUUGGAGUUUUAAAGCAGAAACAGAUCAUUUUAAAGUAGCUGGAAUCUAGAAACUUAAGCGUUUUAAAACAAACCAAUAUCAUAAUUGUCGUCCAAGUAAAUUUGUCCUAUCUGCUGCAUUUAUUGAUAAAUCUUUGCACCUCUAAACUGAAGGGUUUAUUGGCUCCUUCAUUUUAAAACUCAGCUCGAUUCAGAACCAAAAAUCUCUCCUUUCUCUCAGCUACAGCUAAACCUCAGUGUAGCUGUCUCAUCAGCUCCGUUGCCCGACUUGUAGUGUGACCCACUUGGCUAACCCAGCCAACUUUACGCCACAGUUAGUGCCAGCGUUUCAAAGCCUCCAUGUUCCUUAAAGGGAUAUUCCAGUGAUUUCACAACGUCCUGCCCCCCAUUGCAGUUUCCACUUCCCUCAGCUGUUUUCUGUUAUUAGUCAAAAAAGACGAACUCCGGCUCUCUGUUUUACAACAGCAGUAAUGAGUGAGUGUCUCAAACAUCUGACAGCAGCAGGGUGUGUUUUGGUGUGCGGAGGUCAGAUGAUUGUGUCAUUAGGAGGAAUAUCUGCCAGCUUCACGUAUCCUCUCCCCUUCAGUCCCCCCCUUACACUUACACACACACACACCACAGCUGGUUUGUGUUAGAGAGGGGUCACAUACUCUUCACCUCCUCCACCCUGAAGCAGCUCCACUUAUGGGUGUUCCCUCCAUUGUUGUGCUUCUUCUUGUCCAUAACCUCCAGGAAUGACUAGAAUCCUUCCUCUCUGGAGUGGAAAAUCUCUGAGAGCGAUUGGGAAAAUACCUUUUUGUUUAACUUGAGGGGGAAAAAAGUUCGAUCUUGUUUGCUUUUCUUGACUUGGUUUUUCAACGUUUCUCAUUUGUCUGUCCUGCUCUGCUCCCCUUUUCCCCCUAUUUGUCCAGUGCAGAUUAUUGGGCUGUCCGGUGAAGCAAACCCGCCAUGCGUGAAUACAAGCUAGUGGUGUUAGGCUCUGGAGGUGUGGGCAAGUCCGCUCUGGUAAGUAUUCUCUCCUGAGCUCCUUCCUGUCCCCCCCCUUAUACCCCCAGCUCUUAACACCUCUGAUGUGUGUUUCCUUCGGACGUUGUUGGACAUUUCAACUUCAAGCAGCAGUUUGCUUUUACGAUUUUGGAGCAAACUGUGUCUCAAAGGGAAAAGUAGGGGUACUUUAGUCAGAGGUAGUUGAAGAUGAAACUGUUAUUUCCUCUGUAAAAUCUUCAUCAGUUCAGUUUUACGAUGUUCAGUUUUCAAAAUUAGCAGCAGCAUCUGUUUGCAUGCCGUUGUUUCUCGAUGUGGGAAUCACCUACUUUAAAAAAUCCCAUAUUUUCUCUUUUUUGUUGUUUGAUGAAGAACAGACAGGAAAAAAACUGAGUACAAUGUUUUCAGUGAAUGUUUCUGUUGGUUGUUUCGUGCCUGCUAAGCUAAGCUAACUCCUGCCAGGUGUCGAAGUCAGGUUAAUCCCUCGCACUGGCACACUGACAUGUUUACACCUUUGAGUUGUAAUCAGUUGAACUCGUCUAACCUUAAUGUAAACCUAGCAUUCAGUCCUUUUAAGUGGAACCGUCUCUAGACUUUUUAUUUAUCCGACUAGAAAACUAACCAGAGUACAUUCUGCAUCCUGACCGGUAACAUCAAAUAUAUCUUUCAUAUCCUACUGUGUUGUUGUGUGAAGACAUCAAGGAAACAUGGCACUGCAGCCAUGUUUGCCACUCAGGAUGUUUUUCUGUUCUGGCGGCGCGGAGGUCACAUUGAGCUGACGCGCUCUCGCUCUGUGUCUUCUCUUACAGACAGUUCAGUUCGUGCAGGGAAUCUUUGUGGAAAAAUAUGACCCUACAAUAGAAGACUCGUACAGAAAGGUGAGUGUCCCUCGAGGGGGGAGAGGGAGAGAUGGGAGGGGGGAGAGGAGUAAGCUGAUUGUUAGCAGCUGCUCUGCAGGUUCACAUCAUGAUAUCGUGCUCUUGUUUUUUUCUGUCCUCUCCCUCUUUUUCUCUUGUUUUUCUUUCUUUUUCUCCCAUUUUCUCUCAGCGUAUAUAUUUUUGUCUUCUGUCUCCACUCUCCCUCUGGGUUAUUUAUUACUCUCCUCUCUCUUUCUAUUUUCCCGCAUUAUUAGAAACAUUAUGUGCCCGUUGACCUGAAAUUAAACUCUACAUUUUCUAAAACCGCUGCCCUUUUCUUUCUCUUCCAGCAAGUGGAGGUAGACGGGCAGCAAUGUAUGCUUGAAAUUCUCGACACAGCAGGCACAGUAAGUGAACUCCACGCCGCUGAAAUCCCAGACACCCUGUUUUGCUGUUUGUAAAGACCCCUGAGUCGCUGUAUUGAACGCUGACAUUUGGAUCGUAAUGCUGGUUGGUCAGACGGGUCAGUUCCACACUUUUGGUCCAGACUGAAAAGUCUCCACAAAUAUUUCUACCAUGAGGUUGGCAUUUGUGCUGCUGAAUGAAAUGUCUAGACAACUAUCAGACUGAAUGCUACAAUAUGUAGUGCAAAUAGGAUUCAUUUAUGAUCCAAGUGACCCCUUUAAAACUUGAUACUGUGUCAUCAUCAUCAGUUCAAACUAAAACCUGUUAAAUUUAUUACUCUGUUGAUAUCGUCUGGCUUGAAGUUUGACAGAACAUGAAGACAGACAACAUUGUAAGAAAUAGUAUCAUCAUGUUUAUCCAAAGUGAGGCUCAGACUGGAUAAUUCGAAGCCAGUCUCAGCACAUGUUGUGGAACAUCAAAGCUAAUGGGCUGUACUCUGCACUAAAUCAGGUCAACAAAAAUUAACAACAAUUAACAUUCCUCAUUAGGUUGUUUUUCGAUGCUGCUAGCCAUCCGAAUUCCCUCGCAAAGUCAUAUAGGUGCAAAAUUUGGGGUCCAGGUUGACAUGACAAAUUUGCCAGUUGAGGAUUUGACCACAUUAGCUGCUAAAUCUGAGCAUGUGAUACACUUGUCCCCCAAACUGUGUCCAUAUCAGCCUUUAUAGUGACUAUUGUAACUAGGGGUGUCCCGAUACAACUUUUUGACAUCAGGUAUGAUACCAAUUUUGAUCCGAUAUUGGCACAAAAUUGUGCAUGACAAGUUUUUCACUCAGCUGCAACGUCUUUUUCAGACUUAAACAAAAAAUACUGCCACAAGGCCAACAUCACUCUUACUCUUACUCCUUGCUACUUUGUUUGUACCUUAGCACACACUUUUGUUUUGUGAUUUUGUGGGCUCAGACUUACUUGAUUAGGGCGCUGCUAGAUAGAGGUGCAGAGUCUGGAAUGGACUGCUUGUACCAGAGUGCUGAUUUCAGAGAUUUUAGAUGCAGAUAUCCGAUAAUCUGAUAUUCGUUUUUUUUUUGCUGAUUUUGGGCUGAUGUUCAAUAUCAAUAUCGUAUCGGGACACCCCUUAUCGUAACUCCUAUUUAGCCAACAACAUAUGUGUGGAAUCGAUAGUUCUCACAUAUGUUGAUGGUUAAAUUGGUAAUUAAUGAUGAUAAUAAAAAUCCAAAUUAUCAUGCAGAGAUAAAGAGUUCUUACGGUAAGAACUGUACACUCCCUCUGCCUCUGCUUACCUAACGUCCUGCUUCACCGUGACCUAUAACACCUAAUCUCCUAAACUCCCAAACCCAGCACAGCCUCCCAUCAGAGCUGGCUGCAGACUUUAAGUCCUCUUGAUUUAGGAAGUGCCUUCUCUGAAUUUCUGGAUCAAGCAUGCUAUAGUGUGUGUUUGUAAUGUAUGCAUGUCGAUGGUGCGCAGGCAGCAGGCCGCCACGAUUUUUCUAGUGGAAAAAUCAAAGGCUGCUGACAGUCCUCCCACACUGCACAAUGGUGUGAGUGCUGUGAAUAUCUUGGACAGAGAUCCUGCAAAUUCUCAUCUACGUGUAUUCAAUCAUAGAGGAGGUCAUGCAGAUGUUAAAUUACUUUUAUUUUGUAUUGAUUUCUUCAGAUAAUGAAUUUGUAACUGUUCAUCAAACUCCAGAGAGCCUGUGAUAGAGCCUUUUUCUCCUCCCUCUCAUCAUGUAGGAGCAGUUCACAGCAAUGAGGGACUUGUACAUGAAGAACGGCCAAGGCUUUGCCCUCGUAUACUCCAUCACAGCACAGUCCACCUUCAACGACCUGCAGGACCUGAGAGAACAGAUUCUACGAGUAAAGGAUACGGAGGAUGUAAGUAAACAGACAUCACACUGAAGGUUCGGACACAAGUCGUCCUUCUCAUCGGGUUGAAUGGUUUGUAGAAACACGCACAGUAGGAAGUAGCACCGGGAGGUUAUAACUGCCUCGAGUUCUCAACCGCCUACAUUGUUCAGAACCAGAUUGCACUGUUGCUAUGGAUACCAUUCAACACUGUUUUCACAGGAUCUUAUACCACAAAUUAGUAUUACCUCGACAUAACGCAGAUGGUGUCAUGCUGUCUGUAUAGUGAAAACAAUGAGAGAGCACUUAGCGAGACUUGUUUACUCUUUGUAGCCUAGCAUUAGCUGUUCUUAGCGUCAAACAGGUCCCUGUGGUUGGAUUACUUCAUCCGUGUUUAUCAUGGACACAGAGCCACAGCCCAAACUUAAGAGCCCAGUAAAAGACAGAAGAAUCUCAUCGUCUGCGGAGUCAAAUUCAGAUUACGGUUUGUGCUUUCUGUUCAUGCAGCGUGGUUUUCCCCUCAUGUACUGCCCUUCAGCUUGGAUCAGAGACAGCGCAAAUAAAAAUCGGAUGUGCCAUCUCAUUAGUUUGCUGUUUGUCAAAAGUGCAUUUCCAUAUUUCUGUAUCUCUGGUCAGAUUGUGAGGCCGUCGAGUGAGUAAGCCCUCCAUCCUCUUUCUGGUUGGGGCAGAUAGUGCGUCAGCAGGAUCACAGAUGCCCUUUUUUGGUGAUCUCUGGAGGGAAUGAAUGUAACCAUAACCCCCCCCCCCCCCCCCCCUCUCCUGCUUUCGGUCUCGCUCUCUCUCUUUCUGUUCCCUGUCAACCAUCUAAAUAUCCCCUCUGCAGCCUGGCGUAGAAGUCCUCUCUCCCCAUCUUUCUCUGAGUUCAUCUCUCGCCCCCCUCCUGCCUCUUAUCUCUGCCAGUAUUCUCCUGUGCGUUUGUUGUGACUGCUCUUUUCAUCGCCUGUUGCUCCCCCUUGCCUCCUCUUUUCUACGGCCGGCUCUGUGGUCUUGCUGCGGUCUGGCACUCUGUGUGGGUGAUCGCACUGUCAGGGAUGAUGUGCAAGGAAAGCCUCAGCUCAUCAAAAGCGCACAGGAUUGUGAGGCUGCGGUACUUCAUUAGAGCCUCCGUGGUGAGGGAGCUGAGGUUAGCCUCAGGCUAACAGAUGGAUCGCAGGAUCAGCGGCUCCUUCAGCGUGCAAGAAACAGUUAUUGCCCUUUUCGUCUCAGUAUGUGUCCCCCCUAAUGUUCCCUCUUUACGUUUAUCUGGUUAUUACCUCUCCUCUGUCAGCUAUCAGUCUUUUAGCGAUUGAAGCCUUUGCCCCUGAUAGCCGUGACAUCUGUUUAUCUUUCUUAGCCCCAUGCAGGAAUGCACAACCAAAGGAAAUGCUUAAAAUGUCUUCUCUUUUCCAUGCACAAGGACUUAUUUCUGAUUCCCAGAAAGCUUUCUAAGCGAUCGCAGACAUUGUAGUCGCAGCUACAGCUGUUCUCAUUCUCAGCUCUUCCACGCACCAUUUGCUGCAAAGCUGGCGAAAUGUACAGACCUACUUUGACUUUCCAGGCUCAUUUAAAAAAACCUUUUAAAGGCGACGUGUUGGAUACUGUAGGGCCAAAUUCCCAAACUCUUAAAACUGUGGUUAUGAGUUAAGAAUAAAGUAAGUGAGCAGUCAAUGGUGUAUUAAAAACUCACUUCCCGUAUUUCCUUCCACAUUUCUUACGUAAGGGAGGUCUUAUGACUUUUCUGGGCCAUCGACGUCCCUAAUUGUGUGACUUGGAUGCUGCUAACGUCUGACUCCAUGUUUGUGACUCACUGCUCCAUUUGUAACGACUGGCUCCAUUCAUUUACCCUGCACCCCCCCCCUCUCGUUCUGUGCUCCCAACAAUUCAGUCUCCAGCAUGCCAGUGUGGGCGGGACAGGACCUGUCUGUAGCAUGUUAACAGCGUCUGAACAGAUUCUCUGUGGGCUGCGCGGAUUCUUCAAGCAGGCUAAUGCUGCCUUGUGUGCUGCUGACACUGGACAUUUUUCUUUCCCUCGCAUACCUCCCCAUCCUCCCAUCCCUCCGUCUCUCCCUUUUCCAUCCUUUUUAUCCCCAGCUUGGCUCAGAGUUUGUGUUAGGAGGGCAUACCACUGGUUCUCCCAGGACCCCAUGGGAGAAAUGUCGUUCAGCAGUCCAAAGCGAGGGCUUGUUUGGAUAUCAAACAUCAAGCAGCAACCUCCAUGGGGUUAAUCUAAACAUCGCAGCUUCCUGUCGUCUGCCCCUCAGUCCAGAGAGAGGAGAGGGAAAAAGGCAGCUGAGAAUAUUCACUCUGGGCCUUCAAACAUUUUACACUUUCUGGGGCAAUUUUUGACAACCAUACUGCUGUCAAAAAGCAACCUCUGGCGGAGGUCUUGCAGGUGGGAGAGGGUAGUUUCUAGCAAGUUUGUGCAUGUCAGGAUUCUUCUAGUAUACUGCUUACAAAUAUCUUGUUUUGCCAGAUCCACAAGACAUGUCUCGGGGCAGUUUUUUGGACAAGAAGAAGGCAAGGAAAGCAGGAUUUCCUAUGCAUUGAUUUAGUACUUGCAGGUCCACCACAAAUAGAUUUCUGCCUUUGGAUGUAUUAUUAGAACCUGUUGAGCUGCAUGCAGAAUUUCCCAUUACUUGAGUUUGUAUCUUGCAUGCAAAGCUGAACCAAAAACGCAAAUAUCAGCCAAAACACAGAAUUCCUCCGAAACCUGCGCCUUCUCUGUUGUCAAUACUUUAUAACGUGGGUGGUAUAGUAAAGUCAAGCUAAAAUGUGUAGGAACACUGAAUACUGAGACAAGGCAAGCACCCCCCCCUACACACACACCCACAAACAAACAUUCUCACACUAUCAUGUAAUUCCAGAGAGUAGUCGGAGCGUGGAAAUCCAGCUGAAAUGUUCGAAAACAUUCAGGAAGGAAAGCGAUGUUAUCCCGGCUGGGCGGGGCUGCCAUGACUUCCUCCAGGGUCCAGCGUGCUCCCUAGAUAGCUGGUCAGGAAACAGCAGGCAGGAUGAGACGCAUCCCGGCACCCUGGCUGCCCCGUCUUUGCCCACUGUGACAGUUAGAGCUGAAGUUUUUCUUUUUUUUUUUUCCCAGAAUAUUCUUUCUUCCUCACAGGGCUUUUGUUUUUUUGACCUUGGCUGUUAAAACGUCUGACUCUGAGCAUUAAAAGCAGAAGUGUUGACUAUCCGGGAGAUUCCAAACUUCAUCUCCGCUUCUUGUCAGUGGUUGUUCUCUUAGUGGUUUUCUCUGAAGUUUGGUUUAAAAAAAGGAUUUCCUUUCAAAAAACAAAAGUAAAACUGCACUCAAAGCUAGUUUCAUUGAUUUGUCAAUCUCCUUUGUCACUGUUGUGUAACCUAAAUGACUUUUCCUUCUUUCCCACGGGGGUGGAUUGAUUUCAUUGAUUGUAUUUGCAACGACCUAAUCCAGCCUUCAAAUUACAACUAAUAGACUAUUAGCUGUUGUUAAUUAUGUGUCCACUCUCAUUCUGUGAGGAUGCGCGCCAGUCAAGUCGGCGAUCACUCUCACUACCUUCACGUCUAAAUGUCCACCCUUGGUAACGGACUCCUCAGGUUGUAUUGUCACCUGUGUGUCCAGUUAAAAUGAAGCUACAGGCUCAGAUUUGAGGUUUUAUUUAGAAUGGGGAAACUACAAACUGAACGAUAAAAUACUUUAAUCAGGUUUUUAUUUGCUCUGUUUGCAAGAUUAAGACGAUGACCAGUCACUCUGUCAAAUGAAACGAUGAGUGGCAAUAAGAUUCUUGAUACACUAAAACAAGAUGUCAAGGCUUUAGAUACUCAAUAAAACCCGUUUCCUUCAGUUUAUUUCGCACAUUUUCUUUGGUGUACACCUUUUUCUCAUUAAAUCCAAACAUCAAAACUUUUGAUAUCAUCUUAAUUUGAGCACUCUUUGCAUCUCCGUUCUUUCUUUUUAAGCACAACCUUAAAUGCGUUUUCAGAAAAACAAAUGCAGACAUGAACAAAAGCUAACUGUAGAUUAAAUUUUGCAAGUGAUUUGUUUUUCUUGAACAUUUUUUUAUGAUUCACACCAAUAUCAUUGAACAGGGUUCUCUUGUUUGACUUGAAAUCACAUUUAUUUAAUUUUUAUUUAAUUUUGUACCUAAUUUCUCAUGAGCUGUUUACACCAAACUCUGGCGUCUUCUAAUAAUAAUAAUAAUGAUAAUAAUAAUAAUAAAAAAAUAUAUUUAUAACGCGCUUUUACAGAUACUCAGAGAUGCCUUACAAAGAAAAAGAAGAGAGUGAAAUGAAAAAACACAAUUUAAAAAACAGAAAAUUUGAGAAUGAUGUAAAAGGUUAAAAAAGACACAAUAUGAGAAAACAAUAAAAGAACAUUUCACAGGUUCAUAUCCAACACUUUCCUCUUUUCCUUUUGUUUUUAAAUGUUUCCUCUUAACUUGUACCUAUUUAAACACCACUGAAAAUGAUAUAGCAAAUAAAUAAAAACUUCAAAUGUUUUUUUUGUAUGAAUCGAUGACAUCUCUAACUUUAUUCCUGCUUGUUUAUUCCUUUUAUUUCCUCAGGUGCCAAUGAUCCUGGUGGGAAACAAGUGCGACUUGGAGGAUGAGCGUGUCGUGGGGAAGGAGCAGGGCCAGAACCUGGCCAGACAGUGGAACCACUGUGCCUUUUUAGAGUCCUCUGCUAAGUCAAAGAUCAACGUCCUCGAUGUGAGUAUGGACGAAAACAAACCGCCCGUAUUAUAGGUUACUAUUUAAAAAUUGCUGACACGGCACAACAUUGAUAUGCUGACACAGUGACCUCAUCUGUUUUUGUUUUGGGUAAGCAAAAAAACCUGACAUGCAGGUAGUAAUGAGUUCAGCUGGAUUACACUCACCUCUCAGUGCUUCACCGUUGUCAAAGUGACUGUGAAUCGAACCGAUCCAUGCAGGGUGCAUCUUGUAGUGACUGUUCACCGUCACUUCAGUGUAUCAGGAGCUGCCUAAGAGAGAAUCAAUGGCUCUACCACCGACAAAGAUAAAUCUCUGUUUUUCUCUUUGCUGUCUCUUCCUCAGAUCUUUUAUGACCUGGUCAGACAGAUAAAUAGGAAAACGCCAGUGGAAAAGAAGAAGGCGAAAAAGAAAUCCAACUGUGUCCUGCUUUAAAGACCCCCCCUCCAGCCCCUGCAGCAGCUCUGAGCCAGGUGUGUGUACGUGUGUGAGUCUCUACAAUUUCAUAACACAUGGUGUUAGUCAUGAAGACCCAGUGGCUGACAUAUUUCUCUCGUCACUUCGCGUACACUGGCCUGAAGGUUGAUUAGUGUUACAUAAUAGCUUUGAUCUUUUUAUGUCACCUUAGAUGAAGCCGCUCACAUCAGCCUCAGUUUGUUACCAGUUUGUUCGCCUGCAGCCAAGUCAAGAUAGAUUUAUCUGUGUAGCUUCAUACAACACUGUGUCAACACUGGUUUAGGUCCUUUCUUAAACUCUGUUAGAGGAACUUGAGUACCAAAAAGUGGAAACCUUGUAGCACAUAUUCUGGGACAGGGCCCCCUUGUUAGUUUCUGCUUCAGGGGUUCAGCAGAAACUAACAGGAAAAUGUUGCAACAAGUUUUUUUUUCAACUUGUGUUCAGGGCAGCAAAAUUCUUCUGUAUGAUGGGUUAAGAAUAGAGUCCGAUAAAGAAGUACUUCAUGUGACAACCGGUCAGUCUGAGAACUUUUUUGUCCGUUUCAUGAGCGGGACUUCACGUCUCGCCACUCUCUUUAAAUAACUGCGGUUGUCGCUUCUUUGAUGCCGCUCAGUUUCAGAACCAGUAGAUGUCCGGACGGGUUGACAUCCCCUGAGUCAGCCUGUGAGAGAGUGAAGGGCUGUCAUUAGUAUAGUUAUUUCUUUUUUUUUAAAUAAUCUUCAUGCUGUUAAAUAAAUGAAUGAGUCACUGUAGGAGAGCUGGAUUUAGAGUCCGACCGAAGCAGACUGCAGCAGCUUGUCACGUCCGAGGAAAUCCUGAUCAGUCAUCAGGUUGUUUCCCAGGAAAUUAGAAUCACUUCUUUUUUCAAUUUCUAUCGCAGCGAUUUUUACACUUCGACCGGAAAACAGUAAUGAGGAAGUCUGGAAACAGACACGUAAACAUUCUUCUAAUUCCUGUCAAUUCUUCUAAACAGAGGUGCAACUCUUCCAUUUCUGGAUCAGUUUUUUUUAUACUUCCCACAAAUGAUGUGAAAGUCAACCUUUAGACUUACGGGAUGUUUGUCUACUGCGUGGUGAUGGAUAGAAAGCUUGUUGAAACAUUUUGUUGGGGUUUUCCUACCUACCCUCGAAGUCUGUAUCAAAAUAUUUCAAGUUUAGAUGUGGGGAAUUUAUAAAUCUUCUAUUCUGUAGUCAAAUCUGUGCAAAUACCAGCUUUGAAUUUGUUAAAGAAGUAUAUAUAAACACAAAGUUCAUGUUUUUUUAAUAACUUGGAUAACAGAUGAAUCAAACUGGUUUACUUUGGCAAAGAGUUAUACAGUAACUACAUCUCAUCAGUGGAGACAGAAAUCUCCGAGUAUCCAUCCUCGCACUGCCCUCUUCUAAUUUUAGCUUCUUGUCAGUUAACAUAAAACUCACCAGGGGUCAGAGGUCACUAUGAGCUCCUGAGAUUUAACCCGAGUUAACCCCUCCCUCAGAAAGUCUCAGACUGAAUGUUUCCAGCCCGAUGAGGGAAGUUUCCUUUUGAAAAAUGAGUUCAGGUUCAGUCAGUCGGGUAAAUCUUGUGAGAUCUCAUGAUGAGUCUCCGGCCUCACAUGGAGAUCACUACGUCUGGUCUCAGUCUUUCCAAAGAUGAUUUCUUUUUUUUAUACCAAGCGUAGUGAAAUUCCUUGGCGCCAUUUCAGAAAGAUUUGUCUUCACACAAAGUUUGGUCUUUACAAAUCCGUAUGUUCUGACAGACAAUCAUCCAAAAUCCCACCAGGAGACUGUCUAUGCUGGCCUCUAUCCCAGUGGCAUUCCCCAAGAAGAAUAUAAGAAAGAACUGGUCGCAGCAGUGAAUGCAUGAUUUAUAUGUAACGCCAAUUGCAUCUUAACCAAACAAAGAACUUUUUCAAUGAUGCACAAGUCGGAAAUCACUGUUUUUGACCCUUUUUUCACAGUGUUUGUCAGCCUGUGUUUGUGUCUCAUGCGGCAGUUUCUGUGCAAACUUGUAACUGUCUGAAGGUUUAGAAAAUUUCCUUUGACCCUCACCGCCACUGGUCAUUGAAACUAACGAGCAGCAGGAUUUUCAAAUGAGCCGUGACACUGUCUUUAAACUGGAGGACUUUUGUUCAUGCUGUCAUUUCUGGAGGUGUCGGCUUAGCUGACAUGUCCCCGAGUGACUCGUUACUCCAGACCAGGGGUGCGCACACUUUUUCAGCAUGAGAGCUACUUAUGAAAUGACCAAGUGAAAAUGAUCUACCUGCUAUAAAAAUACAAAACAUAUUUAUUUAUAACUAUAUUAAGAAUUCUUUUGAUAUGUACAAUAUAUGUUGGUGUGCCUUGCAAAACCACAUGAACCCAUAUGGCACAAUACAACUCUGCACCGCUCCACGUUUCCCUUCUUCAGUAUAGUGAUGGUAGACUGACAGAUGAGGCAAAUGUACUUAGAAAAUGACAGAGGAAAAAAAAGUCCUCCUCCCUCUCCGUAAGGAAGUGGUAGGUUUUUGGCUUCUCCACUCAUUUUUAUCGUACUCGCUAGAGUUUUGCAGCACUUUGCGCCGUUGUAUGCAGACGCGCAGUGCCACAUGUGUCAGAAAAGGUCAGAUGACGUGCUGCCCUGUAAGCCAAUCAAGUCUACUUGUUCUUUUUAAUGCCAUGCAAUCUACUCACACUACCUUUGCGCUCGACCGUUCGAUCGUGAUCGGCGUAAUGGGAACCCCUGCUCUAGACCAUGUUCAGUGGAUCUGCAGACCGAUCCGCUCCUUAUGCAUACAGGAAUAAAAAGCAGAAAAAACUUAGCAUGCUGCACUUUUUUCAGGGGUGUAUUAUGAAUAAAGACAGAACUAAUGUUACCUUUUAUAAAGCAGAGAUGGCCCUGAUGUCAGUUUAGCGCCUCUCAGCUGUUUAAGAAACUGAACUGGGUGUAACUGAACAGGCGGCACUUUACAAGAGACUUUUCCUCAGUUUUGUUCAGCCCAGUUCCUUUAGAACUCUUUACAGUCUCUGUUAACACACUUUUAAGAGGUGUUGUCAGAACAAAAAGUUCAGUGUUUGAAAACCAGUCAAGCUCAGCAAGCUGUACGGGUCUUAUUUCUACCUCUUUGGGUCACUUUUUAUCUUGUGCUGCUGAGGAAAUAAAACUGUGAUAUUACCGAUAACACUGGAUUAGUGUAACAGACAGAACCAUUGUGCCAGCCCAGACACCAGGGUCGCUGAACCACCCACCGCGUUCCUUUUCUGAACCCAUCUGUGUUGGUCAGUUACUGGUCUGGUGUGUAUGUGUGCGAGAGUGGGGCCUCUGUCAGCAGGCCCUGGGGCGUUGUCUACUCCCUCAAGCCCCCCGUUCACACGCUGGCCAGCCCAAUGAACCAACACUAAUGGGAUUACAGUGCCACUGUUCCACGGCUCACAACACACAGGCUCAUACACCGCAGAGAGAAAGAGAGAGAGAGGGAGGGGCAGAGGGAGAGGGGAGGUUAAGGUGCCAGCCUCGGACGGCACAGAGUGAGAGGGUUAAUGGGACAGUUCACUUCGCACAACAUGGACAUUUUCUGGUUUGCUGACCUACUGAGUUUUCUCUCUCGCUGUCUUCACUGGGUCAGACGGCAGCUGUGCCCUGAUACCUGUGGAAGAGGGUUUAAUGCUUGUAAAGACACAGACUUGAAUUUAUUCUAACUUUAAAUGAUUUAUGGUCAUUAUUUUGAAACUUUGUGUAAAAUUAUUUUAGGUUCCUACUGUAACAGGUGGCCCAUUUCUACCUCACUGCUUAGUUCAAACUUAAAAUCCAGACAUUAACUUGUCUACAGCAGUAAAAGCACAGACAUGAUCUGUGACAAUAUUGAUGGUUUAAAUCCAUUUAAAUAGAAUUAAGCUUAGUUGAAAGCUCACCUUGAAUAACCUUUAAUUAUCUGACUAAAUGAAUCACAGUGAUGGGAUGGGAUUCCUCAGAGUUUGUCAGAAAUGUCAGAUUUUCAAACCUCAAGAAUUGGCCUCUGGGAAUCGUGGUUGUCUGUUAAAACACACAUUUCAAAAGACGGAGGUAAUGAGCAGUGUGGUGAAAUAAUGAGGCCUUCAGGACAUCCACAGUAACUGUCUGAUGGUACUUCCUUUUAUGAGUAUUCACACUGAUUUUUGUGUGAAACCUGGACCUAACCUAUUGAUUAAAGCUGACCGCAGUGAGCCAGAACGAUCUUUUUUUGUCCCAAAAUAUUUCCUCAUCUUUAGAUUAGCUCAAAUUCUUUAAAGGUCCCAUAUUAUACUCCUUUUCAGGAGGUCCUCAUAGGUCUCAGAGGUCCCAGGACAGUCAAUUUGAAGUUUGUUGUCUAAAAACCCAGAUUUUUCCUGGACUUCAACCAGCCUGAAAACUCUCUCUACCGAGAUCACCUUGUUUCUGUGUUUGCUGCACCUGUCCACGCCUCUUUCAGCGCAAGCCAUGGCCCUCCCUGUCUCUCUGGAAGAGAUACGGUGCUGAUGUUUACACAGAGUUCUAGGUAUGGCUCAUAGAAGCGCUGUAGUCCAGCUGUAUCAGUUUGAUCCAGAGUCUGACCCAGAAGGAGAGGCUCCUGAAGAAAUUUCAACUCUGGAUGUUUCUGAAUGGUUAGUUAUAAAUAUUAAGUGUCUCAAUAUUUUUAUUUUUACUUUGUUCGUGUGUUGAUACACAGUGACUUACAUGUAACUAGGUAACAUUAGCCCCUGCUGUUACAUCUCCACUGUCUUCUCGUUACUUGGAGCUCUUUGGUGAACGCACAAUAUUGUAAGUGUAAUUAUCUAUCGGGACAACAGAGCAACUGCGGUGCCUUGCUCGUACCUUUGCCAUUUUGAACCAGCGUAUGCGAGGGAGGAAAAUAGUGUCUGAGUGGAAACGUUCUGGGGGCAGAACAAACUUCUUGGGCAGGGUCACAAACCUGGAGGGAAGGAGUCAUCGCCGUCCAUGACGUCAUGGAACGCCAUAGUUUCAAUUCGCCCAUUUGAGCAGACAUUUUCUGAAAGGUGAAACAAGCAAGAGAGGGAGGGGAUAGACUUUUCUCAUUUUGGGGUGGGUUUGUAGACAGGCUGGGGAAAACCGUUGUUAGAAAACCAUUCUACGGUGAAGUUUCCAUAAUAUGGGACCUUUGAAAGUUUAUCUGUGAGCCAAUCUGAGCUUUAUUGUUUUAUUUUGUUCUUACACUUCAUUUGUAGUUUUCAGUCAACACAUAAAACAAUCAUAUUCUCUGUAUUACAAAUAAUUAUAACAAACAGUUCCAACAACAGACAGAGACAGAUCAAACCCAAAAUCCAUGUGACAGAUUAGUCACAGACAAUAGACAGGCAGACAAGAGGAAAAACAACAAGUGCUCUUCAUACUUCUUAUUACAGAAUCAUUCAAGUUCAGAUGUAAUGAUUCACAGUUAACUGUAGCAGUGGACUGAAAAUGCUUGUGUGUGGUGUGCUGCACAACCAAGUGUCAGGUUGUCGUCGCAAAUUACUCUGAUCCUGACUUAUUUUCCAUCAUACAACCAUCUCGAUUAUUGUAAAAGCAUCCCAAUGGUUUGACGUAGAAACCUUUCCACUCCGUUUAAAGUAUGAAUGUGAGGUGAGAAGUGUGAAUAGAAAGCAAAUACAAGAAUCAUCACAACUAGCUGGUGGAUCUUUUUUAACUUUGGAGGUGAAAGACGCUGAGAUCCACAAAAGAACCAGACAGAUAUCCUUCUCCUUUCCACCUGUGGUCUUUCUACCAAUCCCCGGAGGAGUUGAACUUACUGACUCAUAUAGCUCAGAGGGAGGAUCAGUGGACUGUGUGAACCCUGGCAGCUGCUGAGAAGUUAAGAGCAUAAUAGUAGAAAAGAUUCCACGCAGAGCUAUAUUUAACUCACUUUAACCUGAAACACCUUUAAAUCUCAGGGGAGAGGAGAGACGUUGUAAGCGGACAUGGCUUCUUCUUCAUCGUCGUUGGCUUCUUUCCUCCUGCAGGCCUCACCUUCUGCUCUCAGACUCGACUGUAAAAGGCAGGUGAUAUAAAGAAAAGGGAAGCAACACUAAAAGGAAAUGCAUGUUUGAUGCUAUCUUGUCAUUUCUGUGGUCGUGCGUCGGCCCAGGCAGUUGUUUGUACACCUCGAGCUCGUACCUGGUUACUCUGCAGAAGGAGACAGAGAGCAUGAGGGUGAAAUUAUGACAGAAUCUACAAAUACAGUGAAAGCCAAACAAGAACUUUUUUCCUGUUUAAAGUCAUUAUCAGCUUAAUUAACCAUAAAGUUCUCCAUCUGGACAACAUGAUACAUAAUACUGUCGUCAUAUAUUUGUGUUUAGUGUCGAAUCAAAGUGAUUUUUCCAUCAUGUUCUUGUUCAGGUUGACACAGUUAUGACAAACAUGAUGGUAGUUUUAGUUACUUUGAUUGAUAGUUUAAUUUCAAAGUUAUUGAGUAAAUGUGUCGUGAUAAAUUCAGGUACACUGGGUUAUCUGACUUUGUCUUGAGUUGUGUGAGUGUGUGUUCUUUCCUGUUCCUGUGGGUGCUGUGGUUGGUGCAAGAAGCUGGUAAUCGCUGAUGUGGGCCGUUAUGUACAUUUAGUAGUCUGUAGUAUGAAUGUUUACCCUCAGUUCAUCGUGUUUUUAGUUCCUUUGUCUCCAUUUUGUAGUUUUUGUAGUUUAUGCUUGCACUUAAACCAUAACCAGCUGCCCGGCUCUUAACUGGGGUACAUAAGAGGGAGCACAUUACUCCCAUCCUGGCCUCCCUCCACUGGUUACCCGUGAAUUUUAGAGUUAAUUUUAAGAUUCUUUUAUUUGUUUUUAAAUCUUAAAAUGGUCUGACUCCAUCUUACCUCUCUGAGCUUCUCCACCCCUACACCCCUGAUCAGCUGCUCCUGGAGGUACCAAGGUCCAAACUGAAGCUCAGAGGGGAUAGAGCUUUUUCUGUUGCGGCCCCAAAAUUAUGGAAUGAGCUACCCCUCCAAAUCAGACAAGCCCCCACACUGUCCAUUUUUAAAAUUUGUCUUAAAACACGUUUUUAUUCAUUGGCUGUCAACCCUGCAUGAGACUCAGCUCCUGUUUUAGUGUUUUAUGGUCUGUUUUUAGUUAUUUGUUUCUAUGUUUUUAAAUUAGUUUUUAAAAACAUUGAAACUAUAUUUCACAUUUUAAUAUCUGCUUCUAUUUUAUCCAUUGUUUUAAUUGUUUUUUGAUUGUUUUUUAUGUCUGCGUUGUUUUGUCUAUUCAUGUACAGCACUUUGUUUAGCUGUGGUUGUUUUAAAGUGCUUUACAAAUAAAGUUGAGCUGAGUUAAAAGUUAAUAUCCACCUUUUGCACCCUUGGGUUAGUGUCCUGAGUCUUCCUCCUACUGACCAGAUACCUUUUAGCUACACUGUCACACUGUAUUCACUAAGGAUGGUUAUUCUAGAAACCAACUUGGGUUAACACUUCUGCAGGGACUUUUUUUUCUUAAUUCAUUCACUGAAAAUUGCUUUUAUUCCCCAAAAUCUACCUAAAUAUGUGUUUUAUGAUAUUUCCUUCUACAUGUGUAAUACCAUUAACCUGCCACUAGAGGGCACUGCCAGCUCAUAGAUUCUUCUGUGGACUUAGUCAAUGUGAAACACGGACUCAUCACCUCUGUGUUGUUUUUGCAGAAAUGCUGUAAUGAAGAACUGUUGCCCUGAUUGGAACGUGCCAGCAUUCCAACAGCCUCCCCACCCCCCCGACCCCCCGACCCCCCGCCCUCAAACCUCCAUCAGCCAUAAACGGUGAAUCAGCUGACUGAACUGCUCCUAUCAAAGACAAGGACAACCUACAUGAAUGAGAGAGAGAGAGAGAUAGAGAGAGAUGGAGAGAGUGAGGAGAGUGAAAGAAAGACAGUUAAGCGAGAGAGUCGCAUCUCGCCUCUGAGGACCUUCCUCUGUGUCUCAGUUUCAGUGUGAAUCCUGAAUGGACAGUCUCCAUUUCUGCAAACAACACAAACUUGUGAUGAUGAUGAUGAUAAUGAUGAUGAUGAUUUAAGCCUCUGAAAAGUCUAGUAAAAAAACGUGCCCAUGAGCCGCCUCCAUGGCCAGAGAGCAGCCCCCCCGUGUAUUUUCAUUUUUUGACAGUGAAAUAAAAAGAAAAAUAACAGCGUUUAAAGAAGGAAAAACAGAGUUAGAACUUCAGUAUUUUUCAUCUUUUUUUUUUUUUCAGUUUUUUUUUUUUCAAUAUCAAUAUCGUAUUUGAACGACAUGGAAGUUGACCUCUUUAGUUGUAUGAUUAUAAAUAUUCUUCAAAAACGAGCAUGAAAAAGUGCAUCAGUUAUUAAGUGUAGAUGUUUUCAAGUGAAAUCAAGUGGAAAAGUGAGAAAUUUUUUAUAGCCAUACACCUAUUCUCCAUGCCUGUCAUGUCAGUGAUAAUAGAUCAAGGUCUAUAAUAUGUAUUAUUAUUUUUAUUAUAUAUUUUUUUCUUUGUUCGCCCUGUUGUUCAUGGACUUCUCUUCUGCAAAUAUCUCUCUCUGAUGUGACUUAAUUUUAUACUCAGUCACUGGGAUUUCAUAGCUCCCAUAAUAUAUUCUAAUGCCAUUUUUUGCAUAAUAAUGCUUCAGAAAAAAAAUGGGUCUUUUAUAGAAGAAAUACGGGGAAAAAUAAGGAUUGAUUUCUAUGUCUCUUGAAGCUGAAAUAUAUUAUACUAAACCAACUCUAAUAAUGCUUCUUGUGUUUUUCUGUCAAUGAUGUUCCAGCUUUUAUGGAUUAUUAAAGUACAUUUUAGUACAUUUUCAUUAUAUUGGUCAAUGUAUUUUUGUGAAUUAAACUUUUAUCCAAAGCUGA